AUGCAAAGUAGCAGUUACAUUUUUGACAAUAAUGAUAAUAAAUCUUCAGUAAAUUCUUUAACUAGCGAGUUGUCAGAGGACUCCUUAGAUAGUAAUAUUCCUAUCGAUGAAAUUUUAUUAAAUGACGAGUUUGAAAAUAAUAACAGUAGCGAAGACAAUCCUCUUGAUUAUUAUGACAAAGAGGUACUUAAUUAUAUAAAUUCUUGGGAUUAG